AUGGCCGGGUCUCAGCUGAAGAACCUUAAAAAUGCUUUGAAAGAGCAGGGUUUCACGGGCCAAACUAAUGUGAAAGGCUCCAAAAAACUGAAGCGAAAGGCUAAGGAAUACGACCGUGAUGAAAGGACGAAGGCUAUUGCCAGAAUUCGGGAGCAGUUCAAUCCUUUCGAUGUGAAAAUGAACCGUGACAAAAGAGGUGCGGAAGCGAAAAGAGUCGCGCAGCCUGUUGGCAAACCCGGGAUUUCGAAACAGAUCGGCGAAGAGCAGAGAAAGCAGGUUUACGAAGCCAAGAAGAAGAGUAAAAACAGACUUGGUGGGCUGCUUGACAGAAGAUUUGGUGAGAACUUUAAGGGCUUGACCGAGGAGGAAAAAAUGCUCGAACGUUUUACCAGGGAAAAGCAGAGCCAAGCUUCGUCAAGAAGAUCGCUCUUUAACUUGGAUGACGAUGACGAUGCUGGCGACGAUGAUGUAUAUGGAGAAAAACUUACGCAUUAUGGAAAGUCACUUUCGUUUCAAGACGAUUUCCAAGAGGACGACCUUGGUUUAGAUGAGGACACCGGAAACAAAGGCUCCUCUAAAAGAAGCGAGCGCGAGUUUGGUGAUGAAAAUGCCGAACUACCUGCUAGGAAGAAGACAAAAGCUGAGGUCAUGAAAGAGGUUAUUGCCAAGUCAAAAUUUUACAAGCAAGAAAGACAAAAGGCGCAGGAGAAAUUGGAAGACGAUAUUCAGGAUGUCGACGACGAAUUUGAAGACGUCAUGGCAGAGCUUAACUCCCUGCCAAAAGCCAAAAAAACUGAUCAAAAUAACAGCAAGGAGUUUGAUAAGGAAUAUGAUACGAAGGUUAGGGAGCUCGGCCUCGAUAGAAGAGCCGCACCAGCUGAGCGAACGAAGACCGAAGAAGAACUCGAGAAAGAAAAUGAAGAAAAACGUCAAAAAUUGGAGCAAGCAAGGCUCGAUAGAAUGAGAGGCAUGUUUGGUGAGGAAGAAGAUCAAGGCGUCGAAGACCUGGGUGAAGAAUUCUGGGCAGGCGAAGAUUCUGAGAACGAAGAUUUGAAUGAAACUGAUGGUAGUGAACUCGAGGAUGUUGAGCUCCCUGGUGGUGACGAAACUAAAUCUUUCGGGGGAAAGAGUAAAGCCGUUUCUGUAAUCCCUUGUCCCCAAACUGAGGAAGAACUGAAGGAUUUUUUACAAAGUUAUGAGCUUAGAGAGCAUCCUAACAUGGUGAAAGAAAUAAUUAGAACGUACCAGCCAAGUCUAGCUAUGGGGAACAAAGGAAAACUGGGGGUGUUCACUGGCGUCCUUUUGAGACACAUACUUUCUCUCUCAGUGUCAUACGAUGAUUCCCACCUUGAGCUGUUUGGCAGUGUUCAAAACUCGUUGAUCGCUAUUCUCAGGUCAAUGGCUCAAAAGUACAACGAGCCAUUAUCAGAGACCUGUCGAGAAAUUACAAGCGAGAUCCAAGAAAGGUUUAAGAACGAAAGGUCACAUGGACUUUCAACCGCGGACCUUAUUUUCUUCACCCUCGUCGGCUAUAUUUUCUCCACUUCAGACCAUUACCAUCUGGUUGUAACACCCUGCAACGUUUUGAUAGGCGAACUCUUAGAGCAAACAAAGCUCAACAGCUUCCAGAAUGUUUUCUUUUGCGCUGUUCUAGCAAGAAUAUCUUUGAGCUACCAAAACAUGGGUAAGAGACUCGUACCAGAGCUCGUUUACUUUUUUGAGAAGUCUUUGGUAACAUUGCUGCCUCUAACCUCGAAAGAAAAAUCAUCUAGUGGCUUAGCGCAUAUCAUUCAAGAUUCAGAAGACCUGAACGCCCCUCAAAAGCUGGACUUAGCUGCUAUCGGUUCCCAUAAUUUAAAUCUCCGUCAGGCAAUGUCGCAGGACUAUGUUCCAAAUGACCAAGAAAAGUCUGCCCUUUUGUGCAACAUCCUAGCUUCACUCGAAGAGGCGAUUUCUUUGGUGUGGAAGGAACUUUCCUCUUUUCAAGAGCUCACCUUAUCUUUCAAAAGAAUACUUUCAGCAUUUUCGCAAAUCUACGAAGAUUUUGAGAAACCAAAAGUUAUUCUGGAGAAAAUUGAGAAAUUCGAAAAGUUUCAUGAACAUUUCCCUCUCUCGCUGCAGAAUCAUCGCCCCGUGAGUAUUCCUUCGCACGUUCCAAAGUAUGAAGAGAACUUCAAUCCAGACAAAAAGUCUUACGACCCAGAUAGAACUAGAAACGAAGUAAACAAGAUGAAGGCCCAAUUGAAGAAGGAGCGUAAGUUCACUAUGAAAGAGAUUCGUAAAGACACGAGGUUUGAGGCUAGACAGCAAAUUGAAACGAAGAAAAAGGACUAUGCUGAUUAUCACUCUAAAAUGGCGCGCAUCAUCAACCAAAUUAGCACAGAGGAGGGAAUGGAAAAAGGAAAGUACGAAAGAGAGAAGAAGCUACGUAAUAGCAAGAAGUAG